UGACAGUCAGCCCUUUCAGGCCUCAGCUGAAGCAGGAAUCCAUUUCCCAAAGCAGUGGUGGAAACUUUUCUCAACUACUUUGAUCCUUUAAGUUCUUCUCUGCAUUCACUUAAACAGGAUUUUUAAUACAGGACUUGUAUUGGAGUAUUUGUAUGUUGUUGUAUUGGUAUAUUUAAUAUAUGAGUACUUCUCCCACCACUGACCCAGGGACUUCACUCUGGAUCUUCAAGUUUACAGAGUCUUGAAAAUACUCGGAAAAAGAACUCCAUACACACCCGAUAGCAUAGAUUAUCUUUAUCAUGGAGAGUGGUAAAUGAUGACAUUAUUUAAAAACCGAAAGAGCUGUGCUUUGAAAAGACACCCCUGACUUAAAUAAAUUUAUGCUAUGGGAUAUUUCAGUGAAGAAUAAGGAAGCGGUAACUUUUAAUGAUAAAAAGUAAAAGUCCUCUAAAUCAGGAAGUUUUCAUUUAUUGCUUUUCAAGUGCUCCUUGCAGAACAGCAAACAUGUCAACCACACAAAAGCAGAAACUUCGCCUGAUCUACUGGGGCAGGUUCAUAAAAAUAAAAAAGGUGAGAAUUUUGCUCAUGAUCUUCCCCUUUUUUUCUUUUUUUUUUCUUUUUUUAUCUCUCAACAGUCAAGAUGUCUCUGUGCGGUUGGUUCAUUCUGGUGGCUCUCAUCUCUACGACCUCAAGCAAAAACCCUGGAGUAAAGGUCAAGCUGACACAAAAAGGCAUUGAAUAUGGCAGACAACUGGGCAUGGCUUCGAUCCAGCAGAAACUCAAAACCAUCAAAAUCCCAGACAUGUCAGGAAAACAGAGGGUGUCUCCUAUCGGCAAAGUCAGAUACAGUUUGUCGAAUAUUCAAAUAGUGAACGUGGCGUUACCACAGUCUGGAGUGACUCUUGUCCCGGGGACUGGCGUCAGACUGUCCAUUGGUAAUGCCAACCUCAGUCUGCGUGGAAGGUGGAGGGUCAAGUAUCUCCGAAUAAUAAAGGACAGGGGCUCAUUUGAUUUGAGUGUGACUGGACUCGGCAUCGGCACAAGCAUCGCCGUCAAGAGUGACGAGAGAGGCCGACCAGCAGUGAGUGCUGUCAACUGUGCUGCUACUGUCAGCAGUGUGAGGGUCAAGUUCCACGGUGGAGCCAGCUGGCUGUACAAUCUCUUCAAAAAAUUCAUUAACAGGGCUCUGCAAAAGACAGUGCAGAAACAGAUGUGCCCUCUGGUGGCCAACGCAAUAUCUGAUCUGAACCCUCAGUUGCAAACUCUCAAUGUUCUGGCCAAGGUAGACAAGCAUGCAGAGAUUGAAUAUUCUAUGGUGGCAUCACCCACAGUUACAAGUUCUUCUUUAGACUUGAGCUUGAAGGGAGAAUUUUACAAUAUCGGGAGGCAUCAGGAGCCUCCAUUCUCCCCCGUGGCCUUUUCCCUGCCGCCCCAGAUCAACAACAUGUUGUACAUGGGCAUGUCCUCCUUCACUGUCAACUCUGCAGGCUUUGUCUACAACAGAGCUGGAAUCCUCACCCUGAGCAUCACCGAUGAUAUGAUCCCGAAAAUCUCUCCCAUCCGACUCAGCACCGGGACGUUUGGGACCUUCAUCCCGGAGAUCAGAAGGCGUUUCCCAGGUCUAAUGGUAAAACUGCAGGUGAAGACAGUGAAAGAUCCCGUCGUCACCUUUGAACCCAACAACGCUACCAUUCAGGUCACCGGCAGCGUGACGGCCUUCGCUAUCCAACCCAACAGCACACUUACCCCCCUCUUCGUCCUGAACUUGGACACCAGUGUCAGCACCAAACUGUUUGUCAGUGGAAUGACGCUGGCUGGAUCUGUCUCCCUCAACAAAAUGGCGCUGACCCUGGGGACAAGCUAUGUAGGACAGUUUCAGGUCAGUUCCCUCAGCAGCAUCCUGUCAGUCGUCCUCAGAUUGGUAGUCAUACCCCAAGUGAAUGUUCAACUUGCAAAGGGAUACCCACUUCCUGCAAUUGGAAAGAUGAAGCUUGUGAACACUCAGGUUCAGGUCCUGAAGGACUACAUGCUGAUUGGAACAGAUGUUCAGUUUGCAAGAUAAACUGCAUGCCUUAAAACUCCCAGGAUGCCUUUCUGCACUGAAGCACGCCAUUAUGUAAGCACAAUCACAGCAAGAGCACAACUACCUGACAGAGAAAUUUCGAAGAAAUCAAGUGUUGUGCAAGUAUUACUUCUCCUGCAAGCCUGAGAAAAGCAUGCCUCUGGUUUGCAUUUGGAUCUCACAUCAGAUUUUUAUCUUUUCUUUUUUUUUUAUAUAUUGUUUUUUCUUUUAAAUGUGAACUGUGUCCAGCUUUUCUACAUGUGAAAUGUAGCGAACCUCUCCACGAGGGUUACUGCAGCCCUGUCAUAACAGGCGACAGUCUGCAGGAGGAUGGGGGGAUUUGCUGCUGUCACCAUAAUCAUCUUUUUUUGAAAUAACGUGCUCCUUCCAAAGCAGAUCACAGCACUUUCUCCUGCUGACUUUAGGCAAAUUCUUUCUCAAAGUUUCCAACUUUGUACCUCACGCAG